AUGCGGAUCCACGGCAAAGUAGUUGUGAUCGCCGUGUGUUUCGGAGUUUUCCUACUUUUGUACUUUUUGGGGGGCAACGCCGCGGACGACCCGCUGUUGAAAGAAGUUGUGGACGAGGAGGAGGAGCAGGAAAGCAAGUCUUCUCCGUCGCACCCGGAGCUCGGACGCGAUGUUGCGGCAAAGUUUGCGAAGAAACCACCCGCCGGGGUCGGCGUGCGUGCGGAAGAGCCCCUUAAGAGACGCAAACAGGGCAGAGCGAGCAACAGAGGGGCCGGCGUGAAUGCAAAGAGUAAACCGCGGAGUAAUGUGGCCCGACCUAUGUUCAAGCGUACGCGGGCUGAGGAGGUCAUGCACCUGGCUGUGGUGGCCUGUGGGAAUCGUCUGGACGAGACCCUCACCAUGGUCAAAUCAGCCCUCCUGUUCAGCCUCAAGAGGAUCACAUUUCACAUUUUUGCUGAGGACCCUUUGGCUCCACAGUUUAAAGAAAGGCUGAACCAGUGGCCUCGCUCCAUCUCAGCCAAGUUCCAGUACAGAAUCUACCCAAUCACCUUCUCUGUGGGGAACGCUGACGAGUGGAAGAAGCUCUUCAAGCCCUGCGCUGCUCAGAGACUCUUCCUCCCUGUCAUCCUGAAAGACGUGGACUCGUUACUCUACGUAGACACUGACGUGCUGUUCCUGCGGCCCAUGGAUGAUAUCUGGAGUCUCCUUAAGUCCUUCAACAGCACCCAGCUGGCAGCAAUGGCCCCAGAGCACGAGGUCCCAAAGAUUGGCUGGUACAGCCGCUUUGCGCGCCACCCUUUCUAUGGAGUCACAGGGGUCAACUCUGGUGUCAUGCUGAUGAAUCUCACGAGGAUCCGCAGCACAAUGUUCAAAAAUAGUAUGAUCCCCAGUGGCCUGUCAUGGGAGGAUCUUCUACAUCCACUCUAUCAGAAGUACAAGAACCACAUCACCUGGGGAGACCAGGACCUCCUCAACAUUAUCUUCCACUACAACCCAGAGUGUCUCUUCAUCUUUCCCUGCCAGUGGAACUACAGGCCCGAUCACUGUAUGUAUGGCAGUAACUGCAAAGGGGCUGAAGAGGAGGGCGUAUCCAUCCUCCAUGGCAACCGCGGCGUGUAUCAUGAUGACAAGCAGCCAGCGUUCAAAGUAGUCUAUGAUGCAAUCAGUGACUUCCCCUUUGAGGACAACAUGUUCCAGUCGCUGUUCUACCCCAUCCAGACCAAGUUCCUGGACACGGUCAACACCCUGUGUGGUCGGAUUCCUCAAGUCUUCCUCAAGCAGAUAGAAAAGACCAUGAGGAAGGUGUUUGAAGACAAAGUGGUGCGCUACGUCAGACCCCACAAAUAACUGAUGGAGAAACUGACUCCCUGUUUUAUCUGACAACACCGAGGACCAACUCGCUGUGGAUUAUGUGCCAUACCAGCAUCUCCGAGACUGAACUGUUGGCUCUGCGUUUGCAGUCUUUUCAACACAUAACACUUCCUGGAAUGGUCCUAUGAACAUUAUGAGCCUCUAGUGAUGGGAUGGACAAUAAGCCUAUGUAUACAGUGAAGCAUACAGUGCUGGUCAGUGAUGCCGUAGAAUAGGUUUGCCUUAUUGCCGUCUUAAACCUUUCACAUCGCAGUCAUGUACGAUGAUGAAAUGUUGGAAAACUAGAGUGAAAAAAGACUGCAUGAAAUCCUUUUUUCUCAAGAACUAUGAACAUUCAUCUCAAGCGUAGGCUCAAAGCAAAAUUGAAGGCAUGUUUGUGUCAAGUGAGCGUUUAACAAAAGUAUCUACCUUCUGUAUUUUUUCCUAGUGAACACGGUAUACACUAGACUAAGUCAACUUUGGACUUUGGAAAGCUUUACUACUUGAAGUAGUAGAUUCAUGAACCACUCCUCUAAAAUCAUGUGAAUGUUUUACCAGCAAAUAACUUGAAAUGUGAGCCAGUGUGAAUGAGAAGAGUUGCCAGUUCUUGGUCUGUUGCCAUAUACCACUGACAGUAUUAAAUACAGCACAACAGAUGACAUUUUAUGUUACAUACCGAAUGUUAAAAUGCACUUUCAGAAUAAUAUUAGGACGGGAUGGUUGUUUGUACACAACUUGUCCACAUUCGAUGCUACACUGUCCGAGUGAAUCGAAACCAAAAGUGUUCGCAUUUAAAAAAAUAGUGACAUACUACAGCUGAUUAUGUGCCAUAUAAAUAUUCAUGUCUGCCAUGUUUACUGCUACAAAAUGAGUGGUAUACACGUGUGUGUUUGAGUCGGUAUCUUACUUUGUAAUAUGGUCUGUUGUGAACACAUGGGUCAGAUGUCUUCGCAGCGUUACUUUCAUUGUGGUGUAAUGUUUUAAAUGUAUCGUUCAAACUGGAAACCGAAAAUGGCUGUACAGUCAACGUGUGUUUCUAAAUAAAUCAAUGCAAUGUA